CCAACACCCUCCCCUCUUCUUCAACUCUUUCUCUCAUCUUAUCCCGGCGUCAAUAGUCCUGAGAUAGACAUUCACACACAAUGUCGACCUCAAGACAGGCGCUCAACGCCUUGGUCACGUCCCUCACGGACAAGUUCAAGUCCACCGACUCGGACCUUCGUGUCAUGGCCCUCAUCGACCUCAACAAGGAGCUCACACGAAUCGUCAACUCGGCGCCUCCAGCUUCCAAAACGACGAGCAAGGGUCCUGACGUCUAUGCGGACGAGGCGGUGGAGAAGCUUCUUACCUCCCAUGUCCUCAAUCUCCUCACCGACUCGAAUGCCGAGGUCAAGAACGCGGCUGUCGCGUGUCUCGCGAACAUGUCCAAGAAGGCGCGCCCAAACUAUCUCCGUCAGAUCGUCGUCUCUAUCACCGAGGGCAUCGGUGCUCCCGAUCAGAAGGUGGACGAGGAGGUCAGAGACAUCUCGUGCUUGGCUCUGAAGUCUGUUGUGGCUGAGAUUCCACCCGAGGGUGCCAAUGUCGACGCGGUUUUAGCGAUCAUUCUGGACCGCGUUCGCCAGAAUGUGGCUCAUCCGAGCACCAACCCCCAGCUGGCGUCCGAGCUUCUCCAGAUCCUUACCGAUGUGUACCAGCGCUUCCCGGCGGCGGUGGCUGGGAGCGCCGAUCUGCAGGAGUCGUCGUACAGCAACUUCAACCACGUGCUGUCGACCUCGCGUCUGUCUAUUCGCAAGCGCGCCGUCCCUGCACUCGCAGCGUUCGUCGCCAUCUGCCCUCAGCGUUUUGAGCAGAUCAAGGUGGACCUGGCCAAGGGCUUUGCCGCUGGUGGAGACUCUGCCAAGGCUUGGGUCGCUGCCGUUGGUGGAAUAGCUAAGACGAGCGCCGCUCCGGCAAUUGGAACUCUGAUUGCUGAGGGCGGCCUGCUUGAAGGCAUCCUGAAGCAGACAGCGGAUGUCGAGGACAGUGACGCGGUCGAGGGUGCUCUCACAACGCUGGAAGUCUUGGUUCUUAGAACUCCUGCCGCUGUUGCUCCUUACGCGGAGACCAUCACCGGCCGGGCACUUGAGCUCGUCAAGUACGACCCUAACUACGUUGACUUUGAUGAUGACGAUGAUGUUGACAUGGACGAUGAGGACAAUGAGGACGAUGAUGACGACGAGUUUGACACUGGAGCCUACUCGGACGAUGACGAUGACUCGUGGAAGAUUCGGCGCUCGUCGGCCAAGCUAUUGAAUGCCCUCAUCAGCACCCGGAUCGACCUUCUCUUGGACUUCUACAAGGUUGCCGCUCCCGUCCUUAUCGCUCGCUUCAGUGAGCGUGAAGAAAGUGUUCGCCUGGAAGUUCUGGGAGCAUUCGAGGCCCUGUUAAAGCAAACCGCCAACGCCAGGACUGCAGAGCUCUCCGCUGGUGGAAAGAACAAGCGCAAGAGAGGAGAUGACAUGGACCAAGACGCGACCAGCGAUGAGAGCGUUGUCAACACCCUGCAAGAGCUUCGCCCUCAACUGGUGAAGGCCAUCUUGAAGCAGACAACUGCCAAGACGGUCAGUACUCGCCAGGAGAGCUUCGUUCUUCUUCGUCAGGUUGUCGAGGCCCUGGACGGAGGCCUUGACGCCGAGGCGGAUGCCAUCUGCGCUGCGGCUCAGAACGCUCUGCGUACUUCGGAUAGCACCACCCCGUCCUUGACGAUUGCUGCCCUCACGUUCCUCGCGGCAUUCUUUACGCACCACCUUACUCGCAGCUACUCGAGCCACCUCGUUGGCCUAUCGCAAUCUAUCGUUCGCUGCAUGAGGGACAAGCUGCAGCGGGUCAACUUCGAAGCCUUUGCGGCCGCCUCGGCCUUGGCCAAGGCCAUUCGCCCCUUGCAGAGCAACCGUGGCUCCCAGUCACCGCUUCGCUCGAACCUCGACCAGCCUAUUCAGCAAAUCUUCUCAGUGACGACGAGCGUCCUCGGAGACACGUCUGUGGACAGCGACGUUCGUGAGAAGGCCCUGAACACGCUUGGCGACCUCCUUGUCCACGAGGGAGAUGCCCUGUCUGCCCAGCUUCCCGAGGCUCUCAAGCUCAUCACUGCCCGUCUUGCUAGUGAGAACACGGCGCCAGCGGCUGUUGUGGUCAUUGGCCGCGUCGCUGAGUCGGCUUUGAUCGGUGGAGGAGCUUUCGACGCCUGGCUUCUGGACGUCCUGUCCGAGGUCGUCGUCUUCGUUCGCCGCAACAAGCGUUCAGUCUCAAAGACUUCAGAGUUCAUCACUCUGGGCCACAUCUUGACACGCAUCGGUGGCAAGCUCCCGGCCGAUGUCGCUUCGGCGAUCGUCGGUGAACUGGAGGGCUUCGUCUCCACUCCGGGUGCCUUGCGCAUCAUCUCACUGGUGCUCGAACACCAGCCCGCCAGCCGUGCUGCCGUGGACAAGUCGAUUCUGCCUCAGGUCUUCAAGCUCAUCACGUCUCCAAGCAGUGGACCUGUGACCGACGAGUUGCCUCCAUUCUUCGCUACUUAUGUGGACGGAGAUGUUGACUGCGCUAUCCGUCUCGUUCCAACUCUGGUCAGCAACCUUCCCAAGACGAGCGUCAUUCCUGAUGCGACCGCCGGAGGAACGCUGCCCUACAACACCACGGCCAAGGUCAUCGGAACGGUUGUUGAGCACAGUCAGAGGAACAUUGCUGGCAUCCUGGCAUUGUUCCAGCGUCCGCUCAAGUCAUCGAAGUCCUCCGAGGUGGACCUCUAUCUCUCACUUCUGGUCAUUGGCGAGGUUGGACGCAACUUCAACCUGUCCACCAAUGCGGGCCUCCUGGAGAGCGUCCUCGCCUUGUUCCAGCACCCUAGCGAGGAUGUUCGAAGUGCGGCCGCCUUCGCUGCCGGUAACAUCACCGUCGGCGCCUCGGACCAGUAUCUACCCGUGCUGAUCAACCACAUCGAGAAUGAGAAGGCGGAGUCGAUUCGCCUUCUGCUGCUGUACUCUCUGAAGGAGGUACGUCUCCAGCCCGCCGAAAGAACCGACCGUGCUGACCUCCUUGUCCAGGUUAUAUUGAACUCCUCGACUGGUCAGCUUGAGAAGCUCACCGACAUCCUCUGGCAGCCUCUGUUUGGCACUGGUGUUUCGUCUCCAGACUCGGUUACGACAGGCGACGAUGGUAUCCGCAACGUUAAGGCCGCCUGCAUAGGCAAGCUUACCGUCGCGUCCCCGGAGCGAUUCCUCCCGCAACUCCAGAACAUGCUGCAGUCGACACCGGCCCAGCGUGCGUUGGUUGCUGCAUCGAUCCGCUACACUUUCAUCGAUUCGUCGGCUUCCUACAGCGAGCUGCUCGCCCCCUACAUUGGGGACUUCCUGUCUCUCAUGCAGGACGAGAACCUGGUCGUCCGCCGCCUGUCGGUCGCGUCGUUGAACGCUGCGCUCCAGCACAAGCCUCACCUGAUUGUCGAUAAGCUCGGUACUGUUCAGCCAUGGCUCUACGCCGAGACUGAGGUCAAGAAGGAGCUCCAGCGCGAGGUUCAGGUGGGCCCUUGGAAGGUUAUCGAGGACGACGGCCUUGAGAACCGCAAGACGGCGUAUGAGACCCUCUACACCCUUCUGGCCACGGCCUUCAGCAAGAUCGAUCUGCCCAAGUUCACUUCUCGUGUUCUCGCGGCGCUUGACGAUGUCAAUGAGAUCAAGAUUCUUGGUCUGAUGCUUCUUCUUCGUCUCGGCCAGCUGGCUCCAGCCGUUGUCAUUCCAAGGCUGGAUGAAGUCUCUGCCUCGCUUGUCACCAUCAUGAAGGACCUCGAGGUGAAGGAGGAUACGAUCAAGCAGGACCUGGAGCGCAAGCAGGAGAUGCAGCGCACCGCCCUUCGUACCGCUGUCCCCCUGUACCGCAUGAGCACGGCGGCGCAGGCUCCCGUGUUCCAUUCAUUCAUUGGGGGUCUUUUGAAGACUGAGCAUUGGAAGGAGUACCGUGACUACCAGGCAUAAAGACUAGAUGUGCCCAAAGAAAUGGUUUGAUUAGUGUGAUGUUGGCAGCAUGCAGAGAAUGUGUAGAGUAACAAACA